AUGUCAAGCAAUACCAACUCUUCUUUCCAAAUCGUCAUGGACAAGCACUGUGCUCUUCUUGAGGAAUCCUUCUCUGAUCUUAAUACCGACGCUACCAAAUCUACCAGUCCUCACACUGAGGUUCAACAGCUCUUGACUUUGUCCAACUUUCUGUCCAAAGCUGUCACCCAAUGCACCACCAAAACCAAGAAAACAAAAAAUAAUUCUGCUGGUGGCAUGAACAUUGACUCGAUCCCUAAGGCUGAUCAAAUUGUCAAAACCCAGUAUCGCAAGUACACCGAGACACAGGUCAAUGAACUCUUCCGUUUGGUCUUUUUGGAAGGAAUGCUCGCUUCGGAGGCUGCCAGGCAAACGGGAAUAGUUGUUAGCACUGGGCAAGACUAUGUGUGCAAGACCCAUUUAUUAAUGGAGGAAAUAAGAAAGAAGGAAACAAUGGAGGUAGAUAGUGAUGAAGAAGUUGAAGUCACCGAGCCACUUCCUCCAAAGGAGCGCAAGUAUGGUAACCAGAAGCUCUUUCAGGUCUACUCUCUCUUUUUUCUUGAUUUUUAUGAGAAACGUGCCGAUGCCAACCUCAAUGAAGCCAGAAAGGCGGUAAUGGAGGCUUUUCCUGGUUUAGAAAUUGAUAUUUCUACAAUUUCGAAGCACCUAAAAAAACAUUGCAAUUUGACCAUGAAGAAGUUGGAGAAGCUUCCCAAGGCUCAUGAUUUUGACUUCAUGAAGAACUGCGUCUUCAUAGAUGAGGCUUGGUUCAACAUGAACAUCAAAAGAACCUUUGGUCGCUCUGUCAGUGGUUCCCCUGCUAAGAUUGAAGUGACUGUUUUGAUAGCAAAAAGUUAA